GUCAGCCGCGCCGCGCCAGCCACCGCGCCUCCUCUCCCCUGUGUAGUUCCCCUGCUCUGUUCCCCUUGCCUCCAUCCACAUAAAUGUGGACUCUUUAUCCCGCGAUUCCGGCAACCCAGCGUACUCCAUCGGCCCAGCAGUUGCAGAUCGAGGUCCUGCAGUGGCUCCUCCAGUUUGGAGUAGUUUCGGAGGAGCGGUGCUCAAUCUGGAGGCAUGGGGGCAAGGGAGGCGAUGAGCGCUGCUGCGGUGCGACGAGCCGCCGCUUCCCGUCCAUGGCGUGUGGUGGCGCGGAAAUGGAUGGUGGUGAGGAGGCUCGGCGUCCUCUCUCUCCGCGUCGCCUCCUUCCUCUUGGUCUGCACCACCGCUGGCGCCAGCGACUUCGAAGUCAAAGGCCACACUUUUAUGCGCCGGAGCAGCAUAACCCCGACCAGCUUUAGGAUGCUCCUUGUGGUUGUUUGGCUGGUGUUUCAGGAGCAUGUGUCUCCACUCUGCCCCUGUGCCUACAAGAAGAUGCACGCUAUAAGAUUUUGGUCUGCAACUUAAUAGUGUGACUCUGUCAGUUGUGAUUCAGGUAGCACUUGCACGGCGGUUCAACCACAAUAACUAAUACCGAGGACAGGG